AUGAUGUUUGCGAUAGGCGCUGGCGCAACGUUCGAUGAACUUUCCACGGCGAAGCCUGCGCAGACGCAAACGCCCUUCUACAACCGGAGCUUAUUGAACAAAGGGGGCAACACUAAUGCUCGUGGAGCGCGCACGGAUGCGGCGAGGAUGCGCGAGGAAGACCUGGAGGUGGCGCUCAAGGUGGUGAUCGUCGGUGACGGCGGCGUCGGCAAGUCCAGCAUGAUCCAACGCUACUGCCGCGGCACAUUCACCAGGGACUACAAGAAGACGAUAGGCGUCGACUUCCUGGAGCGUCAGAUCGAGAUCGACGGCGAGGAGGUGCGGCUGAUGUUGUGGGACACCGCCGGUCAGGAGGAGUUCGACGCCAUCACCAAGGCAUAUUACCGCGGGGCCCAUGCGUGCGUUCUCGCCUUCUCCACGACCGACAGGGAUUCCUUCCUCGCGCUGCACUCUUGGAAGCUGAAGGAUCAAACCCAAGGCACGGCGGCAUGCAGUAAGUCGCAUUCACAUUCCGCGAGGGUCGGCGAGAGCACGAUGCGUCCGCAAUACAUCUUAGUCGCUGUCGCGUUCGCCCUAGGCGCGGUGGAGUGCCGCUGGAGCCACCGUAGCGAGGAGAAGUGCAUCGAUUACUACAGGACCGGCGAGAACUUCGACCUGGAGCAGAUGAACGGCGUCCAAUGGCGCGCCGUCUACUUCUGGCCGCCAAUCCAGCGCGAGAGGGAGAGCUGCGGCGUGCUCAACUUCAGGACCAUGGCAGACGACGAGCUGGAAGCGGAGACGGUCGGCUGCGAGGAUUUGGUGGACGAGAACGACACCGUGGUGCGCGCCACGUACAGGAACAGCACCGGCAAGCUGGUCAGCGUGGUCUACUACGGCAACGAGGAGGUGAAACACCUGAUGAGGUCCUGCGACAAGGUCUACAAGUACAUAUUCAUAAGGAUAAACGAGGAUUACGUGGCUGGCAUCAACUGCUCCGCGGGCGGGCGGGGGGUACUCCUCGCGAAGUAUUUGCCCAGCUACGACGAAGUGGAGAACGAGUGCGGCGAAAUACCGACCAUAAUUGUGCAGAACAAAAUAGACCUGAUGGACCAGUGCGUUGUUGGACCCGACGAGGCGGAGUUGGUGGCGCGCGCGCUCGGCUGCCGUCUGAUGCGGGCCUCCGUGAAGGAGGACGUGAAUGUUGGCGCGGUGUUCAGGGCGCUGGCGGCGAGGUGCCUCGCCGAGAUGCGACGCGACGACGCCGCCGACGCGCCCCCGCCCGCCAACGCGCCCGUCAUAGGCACGUUUACAAAUCACAAUAGCAACGGCACAAUAUUGCUACGGCCUGCCAAGCAUCGGCCUGGCGGCAAAAAGAAGAACGUGCUCAGAAACGCCUGUCGACUACUG